AACAUGGCAGUGGGCUCAUAAAUCGCUGGGAACACGCUGAGCUCACUGCCUGAUCAAUGACAGCUUACAAAAUGGCACCAUUGAGACGGAGACUCUGCCUGUUGCUGCUGCCACCACUGUUGCUGGUUCUGGACUGGUGUCAGUUUGCUGGCGUCUCAGCCUUUAACUUGGACACGGCCGGAGCCCUGAGGAAGGACGGGGACCCAGGGAGCCUGUUUGGUUUCUCUCUGGCCAUGCACCACCAAAAGCACCUGGGUGACAGGAAAGUAUUACUGGUAGGUGCUCCUCAUGCCAAAGCCUUGGGGAAGCAGAGGGCCAACAUCACUGGGGGACUGUAUAGCUGCAGAUUCACAACCGUGCCCAGUGACUGUCAACGCAUCCAGUUUGACACCACGGAAACUGAAAAGGACCACAAAGAGAACCAGUGGAUGGGGGUGAGCGUUCAGAGCCAGGGACCUGGGGGAAAGGUCGUGGUAUGUGCCCACCGCUACCAGAGAUGGGAGUCAGAGGAGUCUCGGCUGAUGCCCGGCCGCUGUAUAAUCCUGGAGCAGGACCUGCAGGUAUCCAAGCUGGACGAGUCCUCCUGGGACCGGAAGUUCUGUGCUGAAGAAGGCCGCCUGGUUGGGGGCAGGACCAAGGAGCGCUUUGCCUACUGCCAGCAGGGAGUCUCUCCUGCAUUCACCAGCGACAAACGCCACAUCCUGUUUGGAGCUCCAGGGGUCUACGACUGGAAGGGUAUCGUGCGUCUGGAGCCUGCAGGUGACCGGAGCGCCCUUGAUGCUGAGUUCCUGGAAACUGGGGAUGAGAACGAGUACAACCCAAAGCUUGUGCCUGUCGACAUCAGCAGUUAUUUAGGAUUCUCUCUAGGCUCCAGCACUGCUCUGACCAAGAUGGGGGAGCUGAUCAUCGUGGCCGGGGCCCCUAGGGCAGGACACAGUGGGAAGGUGCUGCUGCUUAAGCGUGAGGGAACGAGCAGUCUGAGUAUGGAGCAUACCCUCACUGGACCCGGCCUGGCCUCGUCCUUCGGCUACGACCUCGCUGUAGUAGACCUCAACGCAGACGGGUGGGAGGACCUGGUGGUUGGAGCCCCCCAGUACUUUGAAAAGGAUAAAGAAGUGGGAGGGGCCGUCUACGUCUACAUCAAUCGCGCCGACGGCAGAGACUGGAGCGACCCAAAGAUUGUCCGUCUCCACGGCAACAAGGACUCCAUGUUCGGGCUGGCAGUUGAAAGCAUUGGUGAUGUCAAUCAAGACGGAUUCCAAGAUCUUGCCGUGGGAGCCCCGUACGAGGGAUCUGGGCGAGUCUACAUCUACCACGGCUCUUCUGAGGGCAUUCAACAUAAACCCACGCAGAUCUUAGAAGGUGAAGAUGGUGUGACGUUAUUUGGAUAUUCCUUGGCAGGGAAUAUGGACAUAGACGGGAAUGAAUAUCCAGAUGUAGCUGUGGGGUCUCUCUCAGAUUCUGUUUUUGUUUACAGGGCACGACCAGUCAUAAAUAUUAGGAGGACCUUGAUGAUAACCCCUGAUAAAAUCGACAUAAAAAAGGAAAAAUGUGAUCUUCGUCCCUGCAGAAUGACUGUCAAGUCCUGUUUUUCUUACACCACACAUCCUGCCACCUACCGGCCAAACUUAAAUAUCAGCUACGUCCUGGAGGCAGAGAGGGUCGUCUUCCAGGAUGCGUCCCAGGGCACGCUGAGGCUCCAGAGUCCCAGUAAGGAGGAGUGUGUGAGCACGAGGCUCAGACUACAGACUAACAUGCACGAUAAGCUGAGGGGUAUCCCCAUCAGUGUCUCUGCAUCGCUCCUGAGCGCAACAUCCAGCCAUGAUUCGACACACAACUUCCUGCCCGAGCUCACACCUGUCACCUCACCACAGGACAAACAACCACAGGCUGAGCUCAGAUUUGUGAAUACAGGAUGCGGCAGCGACAACAUCUGUCAGAGUAACCUGGCACUCCAGUAUCAGUUUGUAUCCAGGCCAAACAAGGGCAACGCAGACCGCUUAACACCAUUACGAAGAGAGAAUGGCACCACACUGAUUCCUGCCGGUGACAAAGAGGUUGGUCUGAAUAUUAAGGUGACAAACAAAGAAGGAGACGACGCCCAUCACAGCCAGCUGCUGGCCACCUUCCCCGACUCGCUCUCUUACGUGUCCUAUCGUUCCCAGGACAAAUCCGUGUACUGUAUAGCUAAUGGCAAUGGAACCCAGGUGGAGUGUGAAUUAGGAAAUCCGUUACCCAGAGAUGCAGAGGUUCAUCUUUAUAUUACACUGACCACUGAGAGGAUCUCCUUGACAACUUCAGAUGUCAAUGUUACUCUGCAACUGAAAACGAUCAGUGCUCAGAAUAUAUCAGCAGUGGAUGCUAGGGGCCGAGUCAUCUUCGAUCUGGACCUGCAGGUGUUUGGUCUUGCACGGCCAUCCCAGGUGUCAGUCGGAGGGGAAGUGAAAGGGGAGAAUAAAAUGACAUCAGAGGAAGACAUUGGUAGUCUGGUACAGUACGAGUUCAGGAUCAACAAUCUGGGACGACCUCUGAAAUCAUUCGCCACAGCAUCACUGAACAUCCAGUGGCCCAAAGUGAAUAAGAAUGGGAAAUGGCUCCUAUAUCUGGUGCAGAUUAGCAGUAAAGGGGUCCAGGCGGUGUCCUGCUCUCCCGCACAGGAAGUCAGCCCUCUCAAACACAUCAAGGCUCAAGGUAUGGCGCGAGGGAAACGGCAGGCAGUGGAGUCAGAGCUGGAGGCCCUGAGCACUGACGGAAUAUUAUCCCUAUUUGGAAGCAAAAGGAAAUACAAAAUACUGGCUUGCGGUGAGGAAGUUAAAUGUGCAACUAUAAAGUGUCCCCUAUUGGGCCUGGAUAACAACGCAGUGGUCAUUCUCAGAUCUCGUUUGUGGAACAGCACAUUUCUUGAGGAGUAUAAGUCCUUGAACUACCUGGACAUUGUGGUGAACGCCUCUCUUAGCCUUGAUUCAGCUCCAGAAAACGUCAUCCUCAGGAGUUCUCAUACUCAGGUGAAGCUGACUGUGUUCCCUGAGAGGAAGUUGUCGCUGUAUGGCAGAGUGCCCUGGUGGGUGAUUCUGCUCUCCGUCCUCCUGGCCUUGCUCCUGCUGGCUCUACUGGGCGUCCUGCUGUGGAAGCUUGACUGCUGCAGUUGCUCUAUAUGUGCCAAGAACAAGAAACAAUACCAUGUGAUCUCAGGAUGGGAGGGGGCUCAUCCCACUGGAUAGGGCUGAGUGCACUACAACAGGUGGGGCGGGUGUAUUCUACCAUAUAAAGACUUCUGAUUUAAUACCUUGUUACAUAUCAUUUUUUUAUGCAUGUGUUUUGUAUUCUCAAUUUCCUGAUUAUUUUUGUAUGACAAAAAGACCCAGAGGUGGAUUUUUUUUUAGAACAAACAAACAUUUUAUUCAUUGGUUUCACAAACACAAUGUGUUGCUGACAA